CCACGAGCACUGGCUGCCCGCGGCCGACUUCACACCGAACCGUGCGCGAGAGUCGCGAGAACGUCUUGGCUGUAUUUGUCCAGGUUAUCUGUCAACAAACUUUCCGCGACUAAAAUAACUAUAGUUUCGAACUCAUAUGUAUAAAAAAUCAUAAAAACUCUGUGACUUUAUGAGUGAAUUAUAUAUCAAGUUAGUUCGCCAUUGACUCAGUGCAGAAACCGUGUUAUUUUUUUUUUUGUUUUUGAUUGCGUGCAUUGCUCGGUGGCUGUCAGCCCCGAUCGUGUGUGAGUGACUAUAAUAUUUCAGUGAAAAAUUGCACUUUAUGAAUUUGUGACAUUAAUAUCAUUGGAUUUUGGCGAUGUCCCAUAACCAACGGCGUUCAGCGAUCCGCGAUAAAGCUCGAUACAAAAAAUGCGUUUCAGUGAAGGAAAUGUGAGCAUAACACGCGAUUGGUCAUCGAAGUAUCACAGCGGCUAAGUGCAAUGUUUGAGUCUCUCGUGUCACGGCUCACGUCGCCGCCGGUGUCGCGACGGAGACAUACGGUGCAUGCUGCAAGGGAGGUUUGCAGCGAGCCAGAGGAAGAGGCAGCACCAGUACAGCGUCGUUCAAGGGCCGCUAAACAACUACUAGACAAGCGUCGUAAAGCAAGACUUUCAUGUGCUGAUCUUACCAUUGCGACUAAUGGGGAACCCGAACGUACAUCGCGCAUGGACGCGCUCAAAGCUUUCUUGCCAUUACGACAGUCGAAAUCCCUUGGAAGACUCGACGGUCUCAAAGAGGUUUUCUGCUAUAGUAAUUACUAUGUCAAUCAUCACAGAAGAUGUUUGAUCCAAGACGAGCCAGAGAAGAACCGUUACGAAACACGCGAACCUCUGAUAUUCCGCAGAUAGGACAAGAAUGCCAUAGUCAGGUAGAAGCAGGUACGCGCAGCCUUGACUGUAGAUACGCACACACGCGUCCAAGAGAUUGUGAUGCUGUGUGCGUGCUAUUUGCCCAUGUGAUUUACAGACAAAUGCCACGUCGAGGUGCGCAUCUGUUUGCCGCAUUGUAAGGAUAUCCAGACGCGUCAACGCCUUUUGUCUGCCGCAUCGACAUCUGCUCUCGGAGAAAGAAGUUCUUACUAAAUAUAUUACCAUACUAGAUGUUGCAUCAACGUACGCUGUACGCUCAUUGUAGUCUGAUGGAUAUCAAUUUGACAAGCCUGUUGGCAUAUACACGCUGGCUUAUUAUUAAUUUUGUAAUAAUUGAAUUCUUUAACGAGAAAUCACUCGUAGGAUGUAGAUUAUUAAUUUUUAUCACCUGCUCUGCUCUGGAUCUGCAAUGUUAAAGUGUAGACAUAAUAAUAUUAUACUUUUCGUUCUGAUAAUUUAUUAUAAGUUUCCUAAUAAAAUUUGUAACAAUUAUGAGCUUAGACAGGUAACAUACAAGAGGUGCCUUAAUUUAUUUUACCACACAAAACUAUCAGACUUACAAUUAUCGAAUAAAACUUUAAUUAUUUAUUUACGUAUUCAUACGUAUCUUAUGACCAAUCUUAAGAAAAUUCGAAUUUGGACUCAUAGAUUCGUUAAUAUAAUCGUAUGCCACGGAAUGAGUUUUUAAAUCUAUUGUUAUGUAUUUUAUUGGUACUAUUCAGUUUAUACUUUUCACUUUAACUUGGGAACCUCAUAAAUACUUAAGAUUUACGUGACAUUUGACGGAGGACAGGAUUGAUAGGAAAAAGUAAAACUUUUCAGAUGAGAUGAAAGUAUUUUUGUAGGUUAAAUAUCUCGAUACGUUGUUUACACUGUGAUAUUCAAUUUUCAUUUUGAAAUUCCAUAGACAAAUUAUAGACAUAUAUCUUAACAAACUUGUACAUGUGUCUGAGUUCUUACUCAUUGGUAUUUUAAAACCAAACCAGUUACACUAUAUAUAAUAUAUUUACAGUUGUUUAAAUUAAUUUAUUUAAUACUCAUAUUACGAAAUGAACACUCAAAGAGUAUUCAUUGAUCAGAUAUUAACAACAAACCAGUGAAUAUGUAUGAGACCUUAAUUUAGACUUGUUAAUAAGCUUGCCAACCUUCGAGAUAAAUGCACAUACAGAAAUAUAAUCUUAAAAUAACGAUGGUGUAAGAAUGAGCUGUGAAUAUUUUUCAAAAGAAUAUAUUAUGUUCAUUUUUAUAGCCGACAGUUUUAUUGCUUUAUUUUUUUCUAUGUUACAGUUUUGAAAAGUAAUCUGUGAUGUUUUCAUUCGCGUUAUUCUCAUAUUGUUACGGUAAUUAGGAAAUAUUGACAAAGUAACAAAUAUCUAAGGUCCUUGUGAGAUGUAAUAAAAAUUAAUAUUGAAAAGGUUAUGACUGUUUGAUUGAUGUGGUAUUGAUUUGUAUAGUUGUAUAAGUUCGGACAGCGAAUCGAAACUUGUUUCGAUAGCGUAUUUAAUUAAUAUCACAACGUCCUACAUCCAGUAACCUUAGAUAUGGCAUGCCAUUACAUUUAUUUGUUUAUGAAGUUUGUUUGGCAAUGACUUGAGCUAAGGAUGAAAUUGAUUUGCGAUCACAUUUACUAUGACUGUUGCAAAACUGAGACUCAAAUUUGAACUCGCCAGGUGGCGGAAUUCGCAAUAGAUAUCAGAUAAACUUUUAAAUUUUGGCCUUAACAUUAAAAAUUAAACCGACUAUAAAUUAUUAAUUUAUAUAUUUUUUUAUUAUAACUUCCACAUUAUGUAAUGUU